GCAGCGGCGGCCAGCAGCGGCAGCCCGAGCGGCGGCAGCGGCAGCGGCAGCGGCGUCCGACUUGGCCGCCGCCGGGAACGGCAGCGGUCGGGGAGGAAAAAGAGGGGGAGGGCCCGCUCGUCCUGGCCCGCCCUGGCCCGCGGGGCCGAGGGGGCCCGAGUUCCCGCGCCGCUCCGGCCCGAGCCAGCCCCCCGCCGCAGCUAGCCUGCGCCCUCCGCCGGGGCUGCCUCGCAGUGGUUGCUGCCGGCGACCGCGACCGAGAGAAGUUGCGGGGAGGGGGGGUCCCACCGGACCCGAGGACCCGGGACUCGGGCGUCCCUGGGAUCCCACCGAAGCCUGCUCCGGGCGAGCCGCCUCCCCAGGGGCUCCGCAUCGGUAACAGCUGCCCUGGGUUCUGUUCUCAAUUCAUACCGUUAGAGUUGGAGGAUAUACUCUAGUCUGGCUUCAUUUGUUCAGCAGAAGUUUGAGACUGUUCCUUGUUACGGCUGGGGACUGUUUCACUGAAAUGUGACUGUGCCGCACUUCAUUUAUCUUCUCACCAGGGUUUCCAGACUUCUAGAAUGGCUAAGCAUUAAUGGAGGGAGAAGCAUAAAUCGACCUUCCACUAUGGAGGCAGGCUUAGCAGACGGAGACCCUGACAGAGCUUCGCUUCUUGGUGAUAGCAAAGAUGUCCUUGGGCCAUCAACUGUUGUAGCGAAUAGUGACGAAUCUCAGCUUUUGACCCCAGGAAAGAUGAGUCAGCGCCAAGGGAAAGAAGCUUAUCCAACACCAACUAAAGAGCCGCACCAGCCGUCCCUCAGUCCUGCCAGUCUUCACAGUCAGGGUUUUGAAAGAGGAAAAGAAGAUAUUUCUCAAAAUAAAGAUGACUCUUCACUGUCAAUGUCAAAGAGCAAGUCUGAAUCUAAACUUUAUAAUGGCUCAGAAAAGGACAGUUCAACUUCGAGUAAGCUCACUAAGAAAGAGUCUCUUAAGGUACAAAAGAAGAAUUACCGUGAGGAGAAGAAGAGAGCCACGAAGGAGCUGCUCAGCACCAUCACAGACCCCUCUGUCAUUGUCAUGGCCGACUGGCUGAAGAUUCGUGGUACCCUGAAGAGCUGGACCAAGUUGUGGUGUGUGUUGAAACCUGGGGUGCUUCUGAUCUAUAAAACACAAAAAAAUGGUCAGUGGGUUGGCACAGUCCUUCUGAAUGCCUGUGAGAUCAUUGAACGACCAUCAAAAAAGGAUGGCUUUUGCUUCAAGCUUUUCCAUCCUUUGGAGCAGUCUAUUUGGGCAGUGAAGGGUCCAAAGGGCGAAGCUGUUGGAUCCAUAACUCAACCCUUACCUAGCAGUUACUUGAUUAUCCGAGCGACUUCAGAGUCAGAUGGAAGGUGCUGGAUGGAUGCCUUGGAGUUGGCUUUGAAAUGUUCUAGUCUUCUUAAACGUACAAUGAUCAGGGAAGGAAAGGAGCAUGACCUGAGCAUCUCAUCAGAUAACUCCCACGUGACUCUGUACGGUUUAUUGCGUGCUAACAAUCUCCACAGUGGCGACAACUUCCAGUUGAACGAUAGUGAAAUUGAAAGACAGCACUUUAAGGACCAAGAUCUGUAUUCUGAUAAAUCUGACAAAGAAAAUGAUCAAGAGCAUGAUGAAUCUGACAAUGAGGUGAUGGGGAAAAGUGAAGAAAGUGAUACAGAUACAUCAGAAAGGCAAGAUGAUUCCUACAUUGAACCUGAGCCCAUUGAGCCUUUGAAGGAGACCACCUACAUGGAGCAGAGCCAUGAGGAACUUGGAGAGGCAGGUGAGGCUUCUCAAACGGAAACUGUGUCUGAAGAGAACAAAAGCCUUAUCUGGACUCUGCUCAAACAAGUCCGUCCUGGCAUGGACCUGUCCAGGGUGGUUCUUCCUACAUUUAUUUUGGAGCCCCGUUCUUUCCUGGAUAAACUUUCAGAUUACUACUAUCAUGCAGAUUUCCUGUCUGAGGCUGCUCUUGAAGAAAAUCCGUAUUUCCGUUUGAAGAAAGUUGUGAAAUGGUAUUUGUCAGGAUUCUAUAAAAAGCCAAAGGGACUGAAGAAACCAUAUAAUCCUAUACUUGGUGAGACUUUCCGUUGUUUAUGGAUUCAUCCCAGAACAAACAGCAAAACGUUCUAUAUUGCUGAACAGGUGUCCCACCACCCACCGGUAUCCGCCUUUUAUGUCAGUAACCGGAAGGAUGGAUUCUGCCUCAGUGGUAGCGUCCUGGCCAAGUCCAAGUUCUAUGGAAACUCACUCUCCGCAAUAUUAGAGGGAGAAGCCCGGUUAACCUUCUUGAAUCGAGGUGAAGAUUAUGUGAUGACAAUGCCCUAUGCUCAUUGUAAAGGUAUUCUCUAUGGCACAAUGACGCUGGAGCUUGGGGGAACUGUCAACAUCACCUGUCAGAAGACUGGAUACAGUGCAGUACUUGAAUUUAAGCUAAAGCCAUUUCUAGGAAGUAGUGAUUAUGUUAACCAAAUAUCAGGGAAACUUAAAUUGGGAAAAGAAGUCCUAGCUACUUUGGAAGGCCAUUGGGAUAGUGAAGUUUUCAUUAAUGACAAAAAGACUGAUAACUCAGAGAUUUUCUGGAAUCCAACACCUGACAUUAAGCAGUGGCGAUUAAUAAGGCACACGGUAAAAUUUGAAGAACAGGAUGAUUUUGAAUCAGAGAAACUCUGGCAGCGGGUAACAAGAGCCAUAAAUGCCAAAGACCAAACAGAAGCUACUCAAGAAAAGUAUGUUUUGGAAGAAGCUCAAAGACAAGCUGCCAGAGAUCGGAAAACAAAAAAUGAAGAGUGGGCUUGUAAGUUAUUUGAACUUGAUCCACUCACAGGAGAAUGGCACUAUAAGUUUUCAGAUACCCGACCAUGGGACCCACUUAAUGAUAUGAUACAAUUUGAAAAGGAUGGUGUUAUCCAGACCAAAGUGAAACAUCGCACUCCAAUGGUAUGUAACACAAAAGUUAGUGUUCCAAAAAUGAAGCAUAAACCAACAAGGCAACAGAAGAAAGUGACGAAAGGCUAUUCUUCCCCAGAGCCCGACCUCCAGGACUCAUCUGGAAGUGAAGCUCAAUCUGUAAAACCGAGUACACGAAGAAAGAAGGGGAUAGACCUGGGAGACAUUCAGAGUUCCAUUGAAUCUAUAAAACAAACCCAGGAAGAGAUUAAAAGAAACAUUAUGGCUCUUCGAAAUCAUUUACUUUCGAGUACACCGGCUACAGAUUAUUUUCUGCAACAGAAAGACUACUUCGUCAUUUUCCUUCUGAUUUUGCUUCAAGUCAUAAUAAACUUCAUGUUUAAGUAGAAGUUCUCAACAGUUGAAUCACUGAACUGGAAAGAUCAGAUUUGGCUUGGGACCAGUGUUCAAAUUGGUUUGCUCUUUAUUAAAGCAUCACAAUCUUUCUAAAUCCAACAAACAAAACUAGGAGAUAAAUGUAGAAGUGUCUGCUACUUUUCACGUCUCUAUCCUUAAGCAGAAACAAGAGCUGUUCUGUUUGGUUGUUAAAAUUGGCUAUGUGUUAAGUGCCAGAACACUUGUGUGAGACUGUGCCUACAUGUGAGUAUAAUAAAUCCACAUGUGUACACAAGAACUCUUACCUGACAGUAGUUUCUGUGUUCUGCCGUAUGUUAGGAAAUAUUCUGAUACCAUUGUUCAUAACAGAAAUGCCAUCAAUCUUAUAAAUAUAUGUAUAGUCAACUAUUUUCUUCAGAAGACUGGCAUACAACCUUUAUUAAGGAAUUACAGUGGAGAAAUGAUAGAUAAUAGAUAUAUUAUGACUAAGUCAAUACAUACUGUUAAAACGAUCUCCAAGGUAUCUAGCUCAGUUGUCUUAGAAACACCAAGAAAAAAGUGUGAGUGGUCAGAAUUAAUAUAUUGUGAGGAACAAGUAGAAAGUUUUUAAUAGUUUACACGGAAGAUUUUCUAACCCCUAGAACUUAAUGUUACAGAUGUAGGUAUAUCCGUAGUUAUAUAUAUAUCAAUAUUAAAGACUGGUCUCUAGCUACAUGGAUCUGUGUGUUACAGUCCCACCUUAAGCACUUGCUGACAAAUGGUCAAGUUUGUUUGCCAUCCUUUCCUGGUUUUGUUAAGUCAGCUAGUCUAGGACAUCGUCCAGAUGUCGUCCAGAUGUUAGUGUUUAUAGGGUAUGUGAAAUCCUGAUCAUUUGGUGUUUCUUUAUGGAAAACAUUUUAACAUUCAUUUUGACACUGGAGUGCUCAGUGAGUAAAUAGAGAAAAAUUCUAAUAUUUUACUUUAGAAGCAAAAAAAAAAAAAAGGCAGUAAGAAAAGACUGCAGUGGCCUUUAUUUUAAGAACAUUAAAAUCAACUUGCUUAAAUGUGCAAUAAGUUGAGCAUUUGAGAAUAUGAAGUUAGGAAGUUUAUCAUCUCUUUCCAUCGUCCUGUUUCCAGCCACAGUUCUGUACAAGUCCUUUUGUCCAGGCUCAGGCAGGUUUUGUUACUAAAGGUUUUUGCCUAUUUCUUCAGUUUAAUAUUUUGACUUUUUAUUAUUGUCAAAAAACACUUCUUUAAAAGGUUAAUUAAGUUUUGGAACAUGUCAUAAAAUUUAGAUUCCUCCAAACUACAGGUUACAGAAAGUUUAUACAGUAAAAAAUUCAGAAAGAGCUGUUGGUCUGGCUCCACCUGCCCUCAGCUAGGGAGAGGCUGAGGUGCAAGUCAGUCAGCUGAGAUGGAGCGGCAGUCAGCUCUGUGUGAGGACUGCAAAGCCAAGAGAUGACAGCUUCAUUGCUGCAGCUGCUUGUAACUAUCUCCAGUACCUUCGGGUCCCACAAAAAGCCAUUUCCCACACGGUCGGUGUUUGCAAAAUAGGGCUGUACUUCAUAGGAAAAUAUUUUAAACUUUUAAACAGCGUAAGCAAGGUGUACCUGUCUCCAGUAUUUCAUUAUUAUGGAGUUUGGGGUUAUAUUUCAUAUUUGUCAAUAUAUUUUUUGUAUUUCAUAUUCUACUACCAAUAUUUUGCUCAACUGCCUAUUCAUUGAUGUGAUAUUUUGUAAAUAUUGUACAACUUGAUCUUUAUAUGAUUUUAAAUUAGUAUUAAUUUAUAUUAUAUAUAACUUAAUUGGUUGAUCACUAAAAGUUGUUUCAUCAUUAAACCCUGAAAUAUUCAAUUGUUGGUGACCUUCCUUAGGGCUCUGUCUUACUCCUUUGUGUUGUCACAUGUGGUCUGAACAGUGCUUUAUUUGUAUUGGUAUCUGAGACUGGAAAGGUAGUUAUUUUGUUUUUUAAUUUCACUUCAGAGCUGAUGUUAAUGGGUCCUUGCCCAAGGAGUCAGAAGCUAAUGAACAGGGUGACUGUUUCUUACACACUGAAAGCUAAUGUUCAAUCAGAUGUUUCUCUGACGCUUUUAGUUGUAGGAGUUUCUUUCUGUGAACUGAAUACAAAACUCAGGAACUGGUGGAUUCUUCUAGAAGUCCUUUGAACAGUGUAGAGUUGACCUUGAGUCUAGCCAGACUGUGUGACCUGACUUUUGAACAUUCUGAUCUGAGGGUUAUCUUUCUUCAGAAAUGGUUUCAUAAUGUGUGUGAGUCACUCUUGCAAACUGUCUGAAAACUCCACGCAGUUUGUGACGCUGUGACCAGUUUUCUUCAUUUAUCUAAAACCUUGUUUUCUCACAUGAAAAUUUAGAUGAGUAGUAAUAAUUAUUGACAUUUUCAUCUUUCAGUUGUUAAAUGUCUUUAGUUGUCCCCCGUUUAGAGAGAUGUUGCUGGUUAGGAAAUACAGUCAUAGGCAUAUGAGAUGUUAGUGUGCUGCAGCAGGAGACGUUUAACCCGUAGUUCUUAUUGAUGCUUGUUUUGGUGUGUGUAGGACUUAGAAAGGUACAGUGGUCAUCUCUGUCACAGCUCAGUUGACAGCUGCAUUCCAUUGAGCAGUUGGCCUCGUAAGAUACAGUCCUCAUUUCCUAUUUCAUGCUUUUGUGCCUUUAAGGAGAUACUUUUAUUAUUUUGUGUUACAGAACUAUAGUGUGUUCCAAGUAUUCGUGGGCUUAUUUGUCACAAAAGGUCAUUUCUCUGUGUCACUUUAUUUCCUUUUCUAUAGCAGAAGAUGAUGUAAACAGUCAUGCUGUACUUUUAUAAGGGUUUGUCUAGUUACCGAUUUCAAAUAUAUUCUUACUCAGACAUCAUCGAUGUAAACUUAAUUCUGAGUAUUGUAAACAGUGCCUUUUUGAUGGAAUUCACACUGUUUUGGGUGUCAAUGCGUGCCAUAUUCACAGAACUUUGUGGAAGGCAGUUUUAACUUUUUGAAGAAUAUCUUCAUCAAAAUUUUAAAAAACAAAUGUAUAAAAUUCCAUCUUUUUCCGGUGUUUAGCAUUUCUAGUCAGCAGUAAAUAGUUUUGUUUUGCGUUUUUGUCUUAUGUACAGGGAUGAUGGCAUAAGAUGAGCCAUACAUGAGCCUACAGGUUACUUUGAAUUAUGUUAAAUAUAAAUAAAAUAUUCAUGUUUAUAUCAAACUUUCCAAUUUGACCUAUAGGGGGGAACCUCCCAUAAUUCAAUGAGUUUACAUUUCAACCUCUUUGUUAUUUGACUACCUGUAUAAAGAGAUUCUUUAAAAUGUAAACCUGCCACCGCUGCAUAAGUUGGUUUCAUUUUAUUACGUACUUUGUGGGUUUAGUAUAUCCACUUUUUGUUACAAUUACAAUACUAUUUUGUUACAAUUUUUAAUUGAAGAUGGACUGUUAAAAUUGUACAGGACCAGGGUCUAUUAAUAAGAUUAACAUACUUAGUGAGAGCCACAGGAAAACCUUGACAAAAAUGAAUGUGUUUAUACUUUAUGAAGUAUUUAGAAAAAUUAGCCUCUUCAUUUAUCAUGAAAGUUAUUUUACUACCAUAAUAUUGAAAUUCUUUAUUUGAAAAAAAUUGCCAUGAAACAUUUGAAUGAUGAGCCACAGACCUUCAGUUGGGUUUAUAUUCACCUUUUGGCAUGUUAAAUACACAUUUAAUUUUAAAUACAUCAGUUAAUGGCUGUUUAUAAAGUCAAGCACUACCACUGGUCAGUUUUCUAUGAUAGGCUAUGAGUGUGUUGUUACCCGCAGUUUCAGUUAAAUUCUCUUAAGGUGCACAGUAAAUGUAUAGAUAGUCACAGGCGGUUUUGUAAUGUAUACAUUUCUAAUCUAUUAUUCCUAACCUGUCAUGUUUGCAGAGAGAAAAGAAUUUUUCUAAUGAUCUGUAAAAUUAUGUUAACUUCUACAAGUAGGUAUUCUAAAUAAACUUUUUUUAAAAGCAAUCUGA